AUGUGGGGAUCAACAUCAUUGUUCCAGAAAACCGUCAAUCCCUCCGAUCUUUUUGCUAAGAUAGAACAUCUACACAGUGAUGCCGGUAUCAGCCCUCAGGGUUCGGUGGAGUGGGUAGUACCAGAUAUGCUUGACUUGGUGACUGCAAGAGAACCGCUUGUACGACCAGGACCACCGCCGAAAGAGCCUAUUAAUCAAAUAUACAGAAGAACACAAGAGCAAGUUGUUUGUGGAUCUUUGGCGGUUACAAAAGGAAAAAGGAACAUAGGAGCUGACGUUAGAGAAAAGAAAACCAAUUACGGGAAUAAAAGCUUGACAUUUGAUCGAACAGAAACUCAAACAAAAACGCCAAAUAGUUAUGAAAGGAAGGAAGUCAAAUUCAAGAAAAAAAACACAGCUAAUAAAGCUAAGCCAAAGUUCAACAAAAGAAAUAAGUUUUCUCUUUUGAACAUGUAA